UUCCAAUACAAAAAACUGAAGCACCACCUUUUUGCUAUGAAUAUCGAUCCGAAAAGUCACAUGGUUACCGCGAUCUUCUCUCAAAUUCAAACUCCCUUUACAAACUCCCCACAGAUUAACCUAUUUCUCAGCUCCCCCACUCACCUCAUCGCUCUUAAACAACAAAUUCUUUUGUGGGUUUUCUAAAUAAUACUAAUUUCCACACACCCUCCUUAACAUUCUCGCCCUCUCGUUUGGUUUUUGUUCCAUCUCUUUAUAAUAUUCCCCUUCAACACCACUUUCUUGCUUGUUCCUGUUUCUGGGUCCUCCGUUUUUAUCACUUUUUUGAAGGGCUUCUUGGAUUCUACUGUCAUUGCUUCUUUGUUCUUUUAGAUUUGUGCAAUACCUGUUCGUUUGACGGCUCUUGAUUUUUGUGAUCUUUGAGUUCUUGUUUUUGUACCCUUUUCUUUGUUUUGUUCAUCUUAUUGAUCGAACCCAGAAGAUCGAUUGUUGAUUUGUUGUGUUUUUCAUUGGAAAAUCGUGAUACCCAUCUGGAUUUCUACCAUGAUCUGCGCGGUGAAACAAUCUCCUAGGGCUAUCAUUUGCUCUGAUGUUAUUCGGCCCAAAAUCUCCGUUCCCUCUCAGCGAUCCUCGUUUCUUCCUCCACUUCCGCUACAAAAACCUCGAAACUCCGCUGUUUCUGUUCAUAAACCUGUACAUGUUUCAUCGCUUGAGAAAUUUGGAUCACUGGGGGUUCGUAAAGUUAAUUUGAUCAAAUGCGAAGCUUACGAGGCUGAGCGAUCGCAGCCGAUCGAGUCGAGCUUUGAGUUGCCGCAGACUCCGACCCCUUCAGAGGCCGCCAAGAAGUUGAAAAUAGGAUCAUACUUCGCUCUAUGGUGGGCUUUGAACGUGGUCUUCAAUAUCUAUAACAAGAAGGUUUUGAACGCUUACCCGUUUCCAUGGCUGACUUCGACUCUGUCCCUAGCCGCUGGAUCUCUGAUCAUGUUGAUCUCAUGGAUGACAAGAAUUGCAGAGACGCCUAAAACCGAUUUGGAGUUCUGGAAGUCUUUGUUCCCUGUUGCUAUUGCCCAUACAAUUGGACAUGUUGCAGCGACCGUGAGUAUGUCAAAGGUUGCUGUUUCAUUCACUCACAUCAUCAAGAGUGGUGAACCUGCUUUUAGUGUAUUGGUUUCGAGGUUCUUGUUGGGCGAGACCUUCCCGCUUCCUGUCUACUUGUCGCUCCUCCCAAUUAUUGGUGGAUGCGCUCUUGCUGCUGUGACCGAGCUCAACUUUAACAUGACGGGUUUCAUGGGUGCCAUGAUAUCGAACUUGGCAUUCGUAUUCCGUAACAUAUUUUCGAAGAGGGGCAUGAAGGGAAAAUCCGUUAGCGGGAUGAACUACUAUGCAUGUUUAUCGAUUUUAUCUUUGCUAAUCCUUACACCAUUUGCAUUUGCUGUGGAGGGGCCUCAGUUAUGGGCUGCUGGAUGGAAAACAGCCAUAUCUCAAAUCGGACCUCAUUUUGUUUGGUGGGUAGCAGCACAAAGUAUAUUCUACCAUCUCUAUAACCAAGUGUCUUACAUGUCCUUGGACGAGAUUUCUCCCUUGACGUUCAGCGUCGGAAACACCAUGAAACGUAUAUCUGUCAUCGUUUCUUCCAUCAUCAUCUUCCGCACGCCUGUGCAGCCAGUGAAUGCUCUCGGAGCUGCCAUUGCGAUUCUCGGAACCUUUAUAUACUCGCAGGCAAAGCAAUGAGGAGAGAAAAGGAAAGAACCACGGACUUAGGUUUACGAUAGCGUAUCGAAGAGGGUGGUGUGUGUCUCAUAUUACCUUCGAAGCGAGAAAAUAAAAUGAAUAAAGGGAAAGAGAGAGCCAAAGAGGAGGUUCGUUUCGGAACGUAUAAGCUUUUUUGGUGUAGAUAUGAAUAAGGUUUAGGAUUAUUAAGCAUUUUGUUGGAGAAGAUGAGGGGAGGGGAGGGGAGGGGAAGGGAAGAGGAAUGGAUAGGGGAGAGGGGAAAUGGUUUGUAAUAGAGAAUAAUGACAAGACAAGAGCUUGUCUUGUCUUUUUUUUUCAUUAUGAAUCAUAAAGUUGUUUCUUC